AUGAUGUCGCUACCUCUCAUCAUAUCAGUAUGUGUUGCCCUGGCUUCAGCAUUCCCAGCAUCAGUUAAGCUUGAUGAAGACUAUCCAAGAGUUGACUUGAGUAAUCUACAAGAAGAGAAUUACUUUGUACCCCAAAAGAGAGCAGCCCUAGUACUGGAUCGUCUUCUUGUGGCGUUACAGAAGGCGUUACGUGAAGAAUCCACGCCGCGAUUUGAUCCCGAACGUGAUGGACCCCGAACUGCGCCGCUAAGAUUAGCUCAUUAUGAUGGUAAUGAUUUGACGGGACUACAACGCCGUGGUCAAGGAAACCGCGGUCGAGUACUCAGAUGUUAUUUCAACGCAAUAACUUGCUUCUAA